AUGAAGAUGAUGGAUGGGCGGCGACACUCCGUUGAUAUUCCCAUCUCCAAAGCACUGGUAGCUCUUAGGAGAGUGAGGUCACUUAGGGAUCCAUCAACCAACUCUACAAGCAAAUUCUCUACUUUGGUUGAGAAUUUGAACUGGGAGACAAACUCAACUGAUGGGAUCAGUCUAGGAUUCAUCAGUGGCAGCAAAGAAGGUGCUUAUCAUAAUGAUUUUUUAGGAUUGCAAGAUUACGGGCUAUGCGGACGCAUGGAGGAACAUUUUGGUGAUCAUGAGUUGUAUUACCGUCCGAGGAAACCCAACACUAAGUUUGACUCAUGUGAAAAGUCAAGUUUUGUAAGAAAUACAGGCGGGAUGCAAAUGAAAACCAUAGUGGCCAAAGGGUCUAAUUUAUGUCAAUCGAAUCAUGAAGGUGCUUGUGGAAACAAAUUGUUGAGUGAAAGAUAUAGUGAUGGUUUCGGGGACAAAGGGUUGAACAUGACUUGCAUAACACCUUCAAGUGCAUGUUUGGAGGGUGUGGGUUCAUGUAGUGAACCAAUUGAAGGAUCAAGGCAACUAGAAAGCAUAGAUCAUAAUGCAUCAAAGCGAAAACCUCGACAUAGAAGGCAUGUUAGAUCAUCUAGAGCGGCAGCAGGUGACUUCAUGAGUCAUACAGGCAGUCCAUGCUUAUCCAUAAGCGAUAUUCUGCUUGGAGGGUCCAGUCGUGGCACAUCAUCUAAUGGAAAUGAAGAUGUUGAAGUUGUAGAUCUGAAUCACCGUGGAUGUGGACUAAGCUGCUGCUGGUCAAGAACCCCGAGAUUUAGAGAAUCAAACCUUCCUUAUGAUCUAGAAGACCAGCCACUGCUAUCGGGGGAAGUGGAUGUGGCAGUUCUAUCUGGACAGGGAAGAGGCUGCAAACCCAUUGGUAAUGCAAGUGCUGCGUAUUCACAGAGUCCUAGGAGUCUUAGUCAGAAAUUCAGGCCUAAAUCGUUCAAUGAAUUGGUGGGACAAAAUGUUCUAGCAAAGUCUCUUCUAAACGCUGUCUCACUUGGGAAGAUAACUCCCUUUUAUCUCUUUCAUGGUCCCCGUGGUACUGGUAAGACAUCGGCCUCAAGGAUUUUUGCUGCUGCUUUAAAUUGUCUCUCGCAUGAGGACAACAGGCCAUGUGGUGUGUGCCGAGAAUGUGUUUUGUUCUUUUCUGGGAGGAGCAGGGAUGUAAAGGAGGUUGAUUCUGUUAGAAUCAAUGGGGGAGAAAGGGUACGAUAUCUUAUUAAGCAUGCCAAGAUCCCUCCAGUUUCCUCACGGUAUAAGGUCUUCAUUUUUGAUGAGUGCCACUUAUUGCGAGGUGCAACAUGGGAUACUUUUUUUAGUAAACUUGAGGACCUCUCUGGGCAUGUUGUCUUUAUAAUGAUCACUCCUGACCUGGAAAAGCUGCCACGAAGCGCAUUGUCGAGGUCCCAGAGAUACUAUUUUCCAAAGCUGAAAGAAGCUGAUAUUAUGAAUAGGCUAGCGAAAAUUUGUGUAGCAGAAAGAGUGGACUAUGACCAGGUUGCUUUGGACUUCAUCGCUUCUAAAUCCAAUGGUUCACUUCGGGAUGCAGAGAUGAUGCUUGAGCAGCUGAGUUUGCUUGGCAAAAAGAUUACUAUAUCAUUGGCCUACGAACUAACUGGUGUUGUUUCUGAUGAAGAAUUGCUUGAUUUAUUGGAUCUAGCCUUGUCAUCUGACACUUCAAAUACAGUUAGAAGGGCAAGGGAACUGAUGAGAUCACGGAUUGAUCCAUUGCAAUUAAUAUCCCAACUAGCAAAUAUCAUAAUGGAUAUUCUUGCUGGAAAGUGUCAGGAAGGUGCUUCUGAAGUUAAAACAGAGUUUUUCAAAAGGCAUACUUCUGAAGCAGACUUGCAGCAACUUAGUCAUGCCCUGAAAAUCCUUUCAGAAACUGAGAAGCAAUUGAGGACAACUAAGAAUCAGACUACGUGGCUUACUGUGGCUCUUUUACAGUUAAGCUCUGUGGGUUUGUCUUUCGUGGAUGCUAAUGAUUCGAGGUUGUGUUUAAGAACGGUACACCCAACAGAUGGUGAUUUUUGCAGCACAUCAUCUACUGGUGAGAGUUUGAAGCAUGUCAUCCCUUGUGCAUGUGACAAGAGCAAUUCUUCUAAGUUGGGCUUGAUUGAUGAUAAAGGAAUUCUAAACUCUAUGUGGCACAAAUCUACAGGCUUAAGUGAAUCCAAUUCACUCAAAAACUUCCUUCGAAGACGGGGGAACUUGGCUUGUGUAUAUUUCAACCAAGGUAUGGCAGUUGUUGAACUGGAGUUCCAUCAUCCUGAAUAUGUAUCCAAGGCUGAGAAGUCAUGGAAAUCGAUAGCAAGUGGACUACAGUCUAUAUUGGGUUGUAACGUUGAGAUAAGGAUCAAUCUUGUACCUUGUAUUUCUGUGACAAUGUAUAGCAAAUUGAAGAAGCAAUCCUUCAGCUUAUUCAGUUGUUCCCGCAGAUUGUGGCAUGAAUCGCAAUCCACCAGUGAACAAGGAAGUGAUCCAUCAGAAAAUUCUAAUUCCACAUCCGAAAAAGCCAUGAUAAAGGGGAAAUUUGUUGAAUCUGAUUGUGGGUCACAAAUGUUGCCUGUUUGCUGUCACAGUAAACAAACAGCAUGCACAAGAAGUGGUGAAGGAAAUGCUCUAAGAAAUAGCGAGGGAAAUGCACUAAGCGUUGGAAUGACAAUUUCCCACAGGUUAUUAACAGAUAAUAUGCCAAAACAGCAUGGAGUUGGAGUUGAUUCUUCCAAAAAAGAGAGAAGCAACUGUGCAUGUGAGGCGUUAUCUGCUCAUGAGCCAGAGAAACAUCCAAGCUGUUUCUUAAGAACUAUGAAAUCUCAUAAUAAGUUACAUUCAUCAGACGCCUCUCAGAUGGCCUGUUUGAGGAUUGAACCACGAAACAACCUUGUGUUGUCUCUUCCUAGCAGAACAUCUUCUGAGGCAUGUAUGCGUGCCAGUAAUCCUUAUAUUUUCUGCUGCAGUUCCAACAAUCAUGAGACCUGCUCCGGAGAUGAGAACAGCCGAAGGAAAAACUCAAAGGUGUGUUGCUGGAGAACUCCCACAUUUCCCUUCAAGAAGGUGACAAUAGUUUAA